AUGUUUAAAAAGGAACCUAGAGUGAAAGCAUUAAGUAAUUUAAAAAAUUCUGAAAGAAAGAAAUUACAAACUAGGAUUCAAACACAAUUCAAUGACCCUGAAUUUAAAUUUCGAUCAAAUGUUAUUAAACAAACCAAUUUUGUGUCAACAGUAACAGAGGGAACCAUUUACACUGACGAUGAUGGCAAUAUCCCAAUUUUCUUCAAAGAGAAACAUAAUGAUACCAUCUAUCCAACAAUUUACACCUGUUGGUCAUAUCCUAGAUUAAUUCCUGCUGUCCUGACUCAUAAAGUUGUAUUACAAGACCAUAUCUUUAAUGGUGCAAACUUAAUGAUCUCUGGUACCGUACCACCAUUUGAUUCUCGUUUACAACAAAAUGUGAUCUGUGGUAUUGUGGAUAAAAUUUCACCAAAUGUAGUUCUGGCUAUUGGAAUAGUAGAAUUGGCUGAUUUGACUCGAUACAAUGAAAUUGGUGUCUUGGGUCAGAGUGGUGUUGCCGUUAAAAUUAUUCAUCAUUUAGAGGACGGAUUGUUUAAAGAAUUUAAAGUAAGACUAGAUGUCCCUGACUCUACUCAAAUUGAAAGCCAUGAGGAUACAAAUAUAGUGCAGGACGAUGAAGAAAUGAAUAAUUUUGCAUCUAUUGCUACUAAUAAUACUGCAGAUGCCAUCAUAGAAAGCAGUUCAAAUCAUAACAUCAAGGUUAAAGAAAUAGCAGAAGUGUUAGAGAAAUUAAGCAUGGAAGAUGUUGAUUAUUUUAUGACAAGAACUCUGUACUAUACAAUUAAACAAGAUCAAAUAUUGAGUACACCAAUCAAUGCCUCAACUUUUAUCUCCAAUCAUAUCAUGAAAAAUCUACCACCCAAUUUAAAUCAUGAAGAAAUCAAUGUAAAGAAAAGUUCCUGGAAGAAGACAGCCAAAUAUUUAAAGCAUUUUGAAAAGGAAGGGUUUUUAAAAUUAAAAGGAAAGGGUGAUGAUUUAAUAAUAGUUCAAGUCAAUAAGGAAAAAGAUGAAAUUAAAAACUUUGUUCCAUAUAAAGUUUCAAAUCAAAUGUCAAACAACAACAGCAACAACAAUGAUGUGAAUAAUAAAGGCAAUGGAAAUAGUAAUAAGACCGAAAAAAAUAAUUCUGCUAAUAAUAGUUUCACUGUAGAAACAUUAUAUAAGCCAACAUCAGAAAUGAAAACAUUUUUGCCACAACAAUUGGCAAGUAUACAUUCUGAGAAGCAAGAUAAUCCUCCAAACUUUGUACAAACUGAAUAUUAUACAAUUUCUACUAUCAAAGAGGUGAUAGAUUUUUAUAUCAAAAAGUAUUCUUUAGUGAAUCAAAAAAAUCCAAAGACAAUCUUAUUGGAUGAUUCAUUGUUUAAAAUGGUUAAUAAAAGUGUUAAAUCACCCAAAUUCGAUAGAAUAAUCCCAAGAUCCCAAAUAAUGGAAGCUAUUGUAACUAACAAUUUCAAUGAAUAUUAUAAAAUUUUUGAUAAAGCUGGCACCCCAUUAUUCAAGGCUCCAAAGAGAGGUUCCGUCCCACAUAUCAAUAUUGUGACCGAGCUGAAGAUUGGUAGAAAGAUAGUUACAAGAAUCAAUAAUUUUGAAGUGUAUAAUAUAGAUUCAGAAAAAAUCGCCUCUGAUUUGAGAAAAUUAUGUAGUGGUUCAACUACUAUCAGCGAAACACCUCAAUUUGGUUUGGAGGUGCAAAUCCAAGGGCCGCAUGGAUCAACUAUUAUCCAGUACUUAAAUGAUAAAAUCGGGAUUCCGAAUAAAUGGAUUGACUUUGAAAAUAAAUUAAAGAACAAGAACAGAAAGAAAUAG